CUAACUCUGUUGUGACCUCCUUCAGAGCGCGAGGAAGUGGCCCGGGCUUGGGCUCCGUUGGUAUGGCUGCAUUCAGACGAACAUUUCUACCCAAGCGAUGUUCAAACGUUUCUGAGCCAAGUCACCCCCAACCCCCUGAGUACUGUUUCGCCACUGAAUGUGAAGGCAGGGUCGACCACCAUCAAAGUGCCUGUUCUUCCUGUUGGUCCAGCGAGUGAGGACACCUUCCUAAUGGCGUACUUUGACCAAGAAUGCUCAAACUGCCACCUUCCGAAGUUCCUGUAUGGAAAGAAGCCCACUACCAGCCACUCACCUGCCGUAUAUGCCGUGAUCCACUCCUGCCACUCGUCACCCGUAAGAACAUCCCGCCACGUGACCACAUCUUACAGUGACAGUUUCUCCGGCAGGGGAAGACUUUCACUGCGUUUGUCAGAGCAAGAUUUUGCUGCUGACGCUCCUCUCGGUACCUCUGCCCCGGCCGAGCACUCUUCACUCCUGCCUUUCCCGCAGGCGCCUUCAACCGCCCCAUCCACACAAGCUCACGCAAGAAACAUUGUGUCAACGUCGCCAGCACCUGCCAACAUCCAAGUGGUCCCUUCGACCAGAGGGACAAGAAGUGAUAAUGAUAAUAGACCGUAUUACGACAAUAGGAAUGAUAACCCUCCUGCUGAGGAGGGUGAGGGAAUCACUUCAAAUUCAAAUUAUACAGAAUCCCACAAUUACCCAAAUUUGUAUGGUGAAGACAGUACUCCGAGGCCCUUGACAUCCACAGUUGUUUCUGUUCUUAAUAGUACAAAUCAUGGCAUGCAUAAAUCUAGUGAGAAAAUAGCAACGACAUUUGCUUUAAGUACCCUGAGUGAUCGGAGCGAAGGCGCCCACUCAUAUCACUUGAAUCACAAUGAGGAUGACCAGCUCUCAACUCAACGACCGGUCAGAACGAGGAAACGCGAAAUAAGCGGAAACACUGGCCGAAAGACCAACAAUUCGGUUCCCUUUACAGCAAGGGAAGUAUCUCGCUCUGUAGGGAUCUCUGGACAGAAGAGGAUAGUAUGA